UUCUCGUUUUAUUCGAAACAUUCACAUUGAAAUAAUUUACAUCUUUUUUUUCUCUUCCAUCACACAAACAAUGAAAAAUGAGGGAAUUAACGUAAUUCGAUGUAUUAAUAAGCGACUAAAAAUGUGCAAAAUGUGUUCUUAAGAGUUCGAUUUAAGGACAGACAUAUUCUGCGGCUAGUGAGCACAAUUAAAAUGGAUUUUAUUCCCAUUUCAAAGUAGAAAAUCACAUAUAUUCAUUUCCAUUUGAGUCUUUGUUGUUCAGCGACAUUUUAGCGAUAGAGCAGAGUCGGUGUAGUUACCUACGUGGACCGUGUCACAAUAUUUGACAAAAAAGAAAUCAUUCGAACGAAAGAUGAAAAUAUCAAAAGUGCGAGCAAGAUGAAUAAAAAGUUGACGACGAUGCGAUAAGAAAACAAAUAAACGAGAAAAAAUAUGGAAUACUCAAAAGUGUAAGUUGAAAAAUUCGCGUACACAGUGUGUAUUUUAUCAUGUUGACGUCUAUAUUUAUAUUCUUCGCUCACAUUAAUGUAGAACAUUGUAUGACACAUGAUCGCUAAAAAGAAUCGUAAACCUUUAUAGUAUAUAUAGUUGUGAAUUGGCCUGCGUGUCACUCUACAAUUCGUUGAUUCAUUUGACUCGAUGGUUAUUUUUUUGUUUGUUUCACAUUGUGUUGCAAUCGAAUGAAAUGUAGUAAAUAAAAAUUUCGCGCAACUAUCACAAAUGAGCAUGUAUGACAAACGAAACAGAAGAAGAAGAAGAGAAAGUGAACUUGUGCGAGACUGUACGAAAUAGAAAAAACCAUAUCGUCAUUCGUUUUUUCAAUCGCAUUCUUUAUUGAACAUUUUACAAGUGCGGACGUGACUAGUUGUAAUUGGUUUUGAUUUACCUAAGAAUCGGAAGUUGAUUUUGUUUAUUUUUUUACAAUUUAAAAUCGCGAAUUCAAUGCCAGCUGACAACUAGUUGAGUGAUCGAAUUGUUUAAAAGAAUAUUUUUAAAAAAGUUUUACACCUCCGAAAUGUGUGCGAUAAAAGAAAAACAGCAAAAGUGUGGGAAAAAAUUGAAUUGAACAUACACACAGAAGAAAAAAGAAUGAGCCAAAAACAAGCUGCUUUUGUGUUGUAAAUAUUUACUAUAUGACGCCGCAAAUGAAAUAUGCAACCAUAUGUUGUUUAUGAAUGUGCUUCAAUUCUCAUUUUUUUGUUUCGUUAAAUUCACCGUUUUAAUUCACAGUGCGUGUAACAAACAAUUAACUACAUUUGCAGUAUUCGCGUAAAGGAAAUCAAUUCAAUUAAAGAAAAAAACAUUUUAGCAAAAUGGGCGGAUCGUCGUCGAUAAGGUCCGUCAAUUAUUUUAUAACAAUUCUUAUAAUAAUAAAAAUAAUCAACUGUUGCGAUGCUUACUUCUAUUCGGAGAAAAAACCCGCAACGGGUGACGACAGAAACUGUUUUUGUGAGCUCAAGGGUUCUAUAGAUGAUUGUAGCUGUACUAUAGACACGGUUGAUUUCUUCAAUAAUAAUAAAAUUUAUCCGCGAUUAAAGAGUUUACUGGUUCGCGACUAUUUUCGGUUUUACAAAGUGAACCUGAAGAAAGAUUGCCCAUUUUGGACGGACGAUAGUCGAUGUGCAAUGCGAUCAUGUCAUGUUAGCACUUGUUCGGAAACCGACGUUCCAGAAGGUUUGAAAGGACAUCACCAACAAGAAACGUUCGUUUUUAAGUACCUGCCGGAAAGUCAGCAUAUCGAUGAUUGCAUGCGUGAUCAUAAUUUGGAGCUGAGCUAUUUGAAUAAAACAUUAACACAAGAAGCGAUGCACGGUUUCGAAAUAUGGGCGGAUUUCGAUGAAAGCCAAGAUAAUUUCUGUAUACUAGACGAUCAUGAAAAUGGCGCCGAAUACGUCGAUUUGCUAUUGAAUCCCGAAAGAUUUACGGGAUAUCGCGGAGAAUCGGCCCAUCGUAUAUGGGACAGCAUCUAUUUGGAGAAUUGCUUUGAUCGAACAUCAACAAAUGCCCUUUUAACACAUAUCAACAAGGUGCCAAAACAUUUGAAAAAUUUAUGCAUGGAACAACGAGCUUUCUAUCGAUUAUUGUCCGGCAUGCAUUCGAGCAUCAAUAUACAUUUGUGUUCUUAUUACCUGUUGUCGGAAGGAACAGGUUUAUUAUCUGAUCCGCAAGGCGUUUGGGGUAAAAAUACGGAAGAGUUUAUGAAUCGAUUUAGUCCGGAAACUACGAAAGGCGAAGGACCGAGUUGGUUAAAAAAUCUCUAUUUCGUUUACAUGCUGGAAUUGCGUGCACUUGCAAAAGCCGCCCCAUUCUUACGAAAGGAACAAUUUUUCACUGGCAACAAGGAUGAAGACGAAUCGGUCCAAGCGGCCGUCAAGGAUAUUUUGAACAUCAUCGAAGCAUUUCCAUCACAUUUCAACGAGAGCCUGAUGUUCAACGGCACUACUUCAGCUCAAUUGAAGGCAGAUUUUCGUGAAAAAUUCCGUAAUAUCUCCAAAAUUAUGGACUGUGUUGGAUGCGAUAAAUGCAAGCUUUGGGGUAAACUACAGAUACAAGGAUUGGGCACAGCUUUGAAGAUUCUUUACUCAGGAAAAUUUGAAAUUGAAAUCGAUGUUCCACAACAACAGCCAAAAAGUAUGAAAGAAACACUGCGGCAAAAAUUCAAACUUAAACGAAGCGAAAUUGUGGCAUUAUUUAAUGCAUUUGGAAGAUUGUCGAACUCGAUAAAUUUGUUAGAAGAGUUUCGGAAGGUGACGAGGUAGCAUUGAAUUGAAAAUUAGGCGAACUUAAUAAAUUUUGUCAAUGAGCGCACAAAGAUUUAACUUCACUUUGAUUGAAAAUACCGAUUUAUUGACCCAAUUCACAAUAGCACCGAAUUUGCUCAAACCAUCUCACAAAAUAGUUCCCAUCACCGUCCAAUUCUUUUUGUUGGGCCAAAACACACAUUUCAACAAAUGAAGUGCAAAUACAAUAAGCUAGUAGUAUUUAUUGCAGCAUAGGCGCCACCUCCUGUUCAUAAUCAUUUAUAGAAAUUGAUUUGAUCUAUUUUUUUUGUUAAUUUAGUUGUAGAAACUAUAAUCGCCUCUCAAAAAUUACGAGCUACAGCUAUGAGUCACAGUGCAAUUAAACUACCUACUUAAUGAAGAAGGAAAAAUUCGGAAUAAUGGGGCUCGGAUCUUGAACACAAGUGAUUAAUCUUUAAUUUAUAUAUUAUUAUUUUUUCUUGAAGCAUUGAACCAUGUUGAUAUUUUAUGUUUUGUUUUUUUUAUACAUAAGAAAUUACCUUCCUUUUUUAUAAAUGCAAUAUUGUAUUAUUGCAUUGAACAUAUUCAACAGUUCCGUCAACAAAUUAAAAAAUGAUACCAUUAUAAGAAUUGGAUAACGAUGUACAUCACAUUCACACACAAAAACACAUUUUGUAU